GGAAAAAAAUUAAAAUCCGAGGCUUGUUCCUCUUCUUCGUUCGGAUUCUACGAUAAAAUAAACCUAACCGUGGUAUUUCCCAUCAAAUCAGGGGAAAAAUGGAUGGAUCGGGAGGAAGAGGAAGUGGAGUGGAUAGUGCAUUACCUAAUUACAAGCUUGGAAAAACGCUUGGAAUUGGUUCGUUCGGAAAGGUUAAAAUUGCUGAGCAUAUUUUGACUGGUCAUAAAGUUGCCAUUAAGAUUCUUAACCGAAGGAAGAUCAAGAAUAUGGAGAUGGAGGAGAAAGUUAGAAGAGAGAUUAAAAUUUUGAGAUUGUUUAUGCAUCCUCACAUCAUACGACUCUAUGAGGCCAUAGAGACUGCAACCGACAUUUUUGUGGUUAUGGAGUAUGUGAAGUCUGGAGAACUCUUUGAUUAUAUUGUAGAGAAAGGAAGAUUGCAGGAGGAUGAGGCUCGCAACUUUUUUCAGCAGAUAAUUUCUGGGGUGGAGUACUGCCAUAGGAAUAUGGUGGUCCAUCGAGACCUUAAGCCGGAAAAUUUACUUUUGGAUUCAAAAUGUAAUGUGAAGAUUGCUGAUUUUGGCUUGAGUAACAUAAUGAGAGAUGGUCAUUUUUUGAAGACAAGUUGUGGAAGCCCAAACUAUGCUGCGCCAGAGGUCAUCUCUGGGAAACUGUAUGCUGGACCUGAAGUGGAUGUUUGGAGCUGCGGUGUUAUAUUGUAUGCCCUUCUUUGUGGUACCCUUCCUUUUGAUGAUGAAAACAUUCCCAACCUCUUUAAGAAAAUCAAGGGUGGCAUAUACACUCUACCAAGCCAUUUAUCCCCUGGUGCUAGAGAUUUAAUCCCUCGGAUGCUUGUAGUUGACCCAAUGAAGAGAAUGACCAUUCCCGAGAUCCGCCAGCAUCCAUGGUUUCAAGCACAUCUUCCAAGAUAUUUAGCUGUUCCCCCACCAGAUUCAAUGCAGCAAGCGAAAAAGAUUGAUGAGGAGAUCCUUCAGGAAGUGAUUAGAAUGGGGUUUGAUCGGAACCAUCUGAUUGAAUCUCUUCGCAACAGAAUUCAAAAUGAGGGAACCAUUGCGUACUACCUACUAUUGGACAACCUGUUCCGGGUCUCCAGCGGCUAUCUUGGAGCUGAAUUUCAGGAAACUGUGGAAUCUGGCUUCAACCUCAUCCAUCCAAAUGAACCUACAGUUCCAGCUGUUGGACACCGCCUUGCAGGAUAUGGUGAUUAUCAAGCAAUGGGUUUAAGGGGACUUGAGAGGAAAUGGGCUCUUGGACUUCAAUCUCGUGCCCAUCCUCGUGAAAUCAUGACAGAAGUUCUCAAAGCCCUGCAAGAACUCAACGUGUGUUGGAAGAAGAUUGGUCAUUACAACAUGAAGUGUAGGUGGCUUGCUAAUAUUCCCAGUCUCAAUGAAGGCAUGGUUAACAAUUCUGUGCACAAUAAUAACUACUUUGGGGAUGAAGCAACCAUUGUAGAAAAUGACGGUAUUACCAAGGCCCCAAAUGUUGUCAAGUUCGAAGUGCAGCUUUAUAAAACCCGCGAGGAGAAAUAUUUGCUGGAUCUUCAGAGGGUUCAGGGCCCACAGUUUCUGUUCUUGGAUCUCUGUGCUGCAUUCCUCACGCAGCUCAGGGUCCUCUAGCGUGAGAAAGUUAUAUCUCCAAAGACUCUUAAGACUCUUGCUAAUGAAUCUCCUAUAAUGCAAGUGAAUAAGAAUGAGCAUAUUCUAUGUAUACAACUCUCUUUCCUUCUUUCUCGGUAGUUUGGAGGAAAGCUUCACCUCUUUGUUUUAUAACCCUCCAUUUUAGAUGGGUAAUUGUGGAGGCCAAGGCAAUAUUAAUGUGUGUCCGCAGGUACACAGCUUUGCCUUUAACAUAAUUAGGUUUCCACAAUGUUGUAUGGAACUAA